AUGAGGCGCGUUGCACUUGCCAGUGCUGCCCUGGCCUUCUGUCUGCCCGCCCAAUGGGUGGCAGGUGCCUCUGCUGCUGUGGCAUGCCUCACGGCUGCGACUGGCCGGCGCCUCGGCGCGUCAGCUCGGCUCGGCGUAGCGAUAGUGGCCAGCGCAACUCGCCUGGACUCAACGCUCAGCCAGGAGCUCCCGCACGCGCUCGCUGGCGCGACUCAUGGCGCAUGCAACGCGCAGCAAUGCUCGCCUCGCCUCGCGCAAAUGCGACCGUCCUCGCAGCCGACAGUCCACCGCCUGCUAAAGAAGCACUGCGACGAAUGCGGCACCGGCGACGCAUGGCAGGCUGGUCAUGACGCAAGCCUCUACAACAAACUCUACAACAAAAUCGCGCUCUACAUCGCUCUACAACGCAGGCAGUUCGUCACGCGGCGGAUGUAG